GGGCGGGUGCUUAAGCUAGGUUGAAUUGGACUUCUGAUACUUGUAACUGAAACAAGAAAAGAAGUGGAUGACAUUGAGAUAUCUUUCAGAGACAGAACCAUCAGGACUUACUGAUGGAUUUGAUAUGAGAGGUGAGGGAAAGAGAUUAAGGUUAAAACCUAAAUUUUUGGCUUAAGCAGCUGGUAUAGACUUACCAUUUACUGAGGUGGAUAGUAGAAAAGGCAGAGAGGAUAAAAUCAAGAGUACCUUUGUGGACACUUCAAGUUUGAGAUGCGCAUUAAAUUCAGUGCCCACUACAAGUACUUUCUUGUGAAAGCUGCCCCAUUUCUGAGUUAUUUGGAAUCAUUUGAGCACUGAUUGCAUUUCAUCCUCAAUUUUUUUCAAGGGUGUUUAUGGGUCCAUCGAUGUUUGCGAGCUUGAAAAUGUCUGCCUGUUAACUUAGUUGAUUAUAACAUCUUAGAAUUGUACUCUUUUAAUUUUUAUUUAUUUAUAUUUUUUGCGGUACGCGGGCCUCUCACUGCUGUGUCCUUUCCCAUUGCGGAGCACAGGCUCCGGACGCACAGGCUCAGCGGCCAUGGCUCACGGGCCCAGCCGCUCCGCGGCAUGUGGGAUCCUCCUGGACCGGGGCACGAACCCGCGUCCCCUGCAUCGGCAGGCGGACUCUCAACCACUGCGCCACCAGGGAAGCCCCAGAAUUGUACUCUUUUGCCUCCAUCCUCUGAGGAUAUUCCUGUACUGUCUGCUGACAGUCUCUGGGGAGAGGACUGAGAGAGGGUGGACUGAUUUUCUCCCUUCUGGUCAGUGAUUUGAGUUGGUAUUUUGGGGGUUUUUUUUUGCCUGGAUGCUUGUAGGAGUCUUUCUUUAUCCUUGAAGUUCAGUGAUUCACCAGGAUGGUCUCUAUUUUUACAGUUCUAUUUAGGUUUUUAUUGGAACAUGAGGAUCUUUAAAACACUUUUUUUUUUCUGAUUUAGCUAUUCCUUCAUUUGACACAUUUUCUCCUAAUACACACGUAUUUAAAUAUAUAUAUAUAUUUCUGUUCUAAUUAUGCCAUUUGCUAUGGAUUGAAUUGUAUUCCCCUAAAAUUCAUAUGUUGAAGCCCGAACUCCCAAUGGGACUCAUCUGGAGAUAGAGUUUUUAGGUAAUUGAGGUUAAAUGAGGCCAUAAGUGUAGGGCCCUAAUCUGAUAGGACUGGUCCUAUAAGAAGAGGAAAAGAGAGGGAAGUCUUUCUCCAUCAUGGGUGGACACGGUGAGAAGGUGGCCAUCUGUAAGCCAAGAAGUAACCUCUCACUGGGACCUGACUAUGCUGGCACCCUGAUCUCAGUCUUCUAGCCCCCAGAACUGUAAGAAAAUAAAUUUCUGUUGUUUAAGCCAUCGAGUCUAUGGUAUUUGUUAUGGCAGCCCAAGAAGACCAACACAGCAUUCUCUAUUUCAGGAAUAUUAAUUAUCUGCAUCUUGCAUAUCUUUUAAUCUUUUCUAUCUACAAUCUUAUUUCUAUUUUUUUGUCUCUAUUCUUUUUCUCAUAUAUUUUCUCACAUUUAUUAUAAAUAAGAAAAUAUAUUUUCUCACAUAUAUCUUGCAGAUCCCAGAUUUCUGCUAGUACAUAGAGCUCUUCCUUUUUUUUCAAGAUUGCACAUUACUUCAUUGUUAGAUAAAUAAUAGUGUUUAUAACUAAUCCCCUAUUGAUGAAUACUGGGCUGUUUACAAUUCUUUGCUGUUAUGAACACUGCUGCAAUGAAUAACCUUGUACAUAUGUCAUUUCAUACUUGUGCAAGUAUGUCUGUAGAGUAGAUUCCUAGAAGUGGGAUUGGUGGGUCAAAGGGUAGUAAUAUGUUCUUGUAGAAAUUCUGAAUAGUUGCUGUGUUGCUUAUUUUAAGCCCAUUUUUUCUUUUUCUAUCUCAGUCAUCUGUUUUCCCAAAUAUAGCAUAAAUGGACUUUCCUUAAUCCCCUUCCUACUUAUCUGGGGCCUGUUUGAAUCCUGUCCUCAUAAUUGAGCUUGAGGCUGAUAAUUCAUCAUAGUUUGUGUUUGGUUGUGAUGUUGUGAUCCUGCAGAAAUGACUGAGGCCUUUAUUCUGACUGCAUUGCAGCCUGGCUUCUCUCUGCCCAGGCCUGCUUCCUUUACUCUCCAAAGCACUGAUUUUGAGAGUGCUCUCCAGUAAACUUCCUGUGCAGAAAUCUCCAUCUCAGUGUCAGCUCUUGGUUUUAAAAUGCAUUUCCCUGAUGACCAGAUAGGUUGAACACUUUUUCAUGUUUAUUAGCCAUUUGGUAUUCUAUUUUGGAAGUCAUCUGUUCAAAUCUCUUGCCUAUUUUUCUACUGGGAUGUCUGUCUUUUUCUUAGUGACUUAUAGGAGCUCUUUAAAUAUUCUGUAUACCAGUUGUUUGUCAGAUGUAUGUUGUAGAUGUCUUUCAUGGAACAAAGAUACUUAAUUUUGAUAUAAUUCCAUUUAGCGUUUUUUCUUUAUAUUUAGUGGUUUGCAGCUAACCCAAUGAAGUAGGUUUACCUACUUCAAGGUCAUGAAUAUGUUCUAUUUUUUUUUCCUUAAAAACUUCAUUGUUUUACCUUUCACAUUGCGAUCUCUAUUUCCCCUGAAGUGCUGUUCUGUGUGCGGUGGAGGCAGGAGUCAAUAUACAUUGUUUUCCAUGUGGACAGCCAAUUGACUCUGAGCCAUUUGUUGAAGACUGUUUCCCUGUGUUCUGCAGUGUCAGCUUUGUUAUAAAUCAAGUGACCUUAUACCUGUGAGGUCUUGCUAGACUUUUAUUCUGUUUCAUUUGUCCUUAAGUUUGCUUAUCCUUAAGUGCAUCUCUUUUGAUUCUCACUUUACUUGUGCUAUAAUGUUUUCCUUUGUAUAUAUUAUUUUCCUUUACUAGGCUUAUUUUCCACUGCUGGGUUCCAUGAAAAUGAGCUCCAUUACUGGUCUUUUUAUGAUAUCAUUUUGCUCAGACACAGUGCCUUCAAAACAUAAUUGCUUUAAUGCAUAAUUGCCAGUUAUUGUACAUUACAAGCAUCUAAAUAAACUUUUAAAAAAAAAUAAUUUAUUUAUGGCUGUGUUGGGUCUUCGUUGCUGCGUGCAGGCUUUCUCUAGUUGCAUCUAGUUGCAGCGAGCGAGGGCUACGCUUCGUGGCAGUGUGCGGGCUUCUCAUUGCGGUGACUUCUGUUUGUUGCGGAGCAUGGGCUCUAGGUGUGCGGGCUUCAGUAGUUGUGGCACAUGGGCUCUAGAGCACAGGCUCAGUAGUUGUGGCGCACAGGCUUAGUUGCUCCGUGGCAUGUGGGAUCUUCCUGGACCAGGGCUCGAACCUGUGUCCCCUGAAUUGACAGGUGGAUUCUUAACCACUGCGCCACCAGGGAAGCCCAAUAAAUGUUCUUUUAAAAGAAACAGUCUACCUGUAUUAUCACAAACUUUAAAAAGAUAUGAAAACCUCUACCUGCUCUUAUUUUUUUCCUGUCCAUUGAACUGUAAAUGUGGUUGGAGAAAACCGUGUAUUCUCAUUGUCCCUGGCUGUUACUUUUUAUUUGUGUUGCACCAGUAAUGAGCCAAAAUACUUCCUCAUCUACAUGGUGAGGGUUAGGGUUGUCAAAUUCUAACGCCGACUUUUAAAGAAUUAAAUGCUGAAUGUUUUGGGAUUCUUUUUUUUUUUUUUUUGCGGUACGCGGGCCUCUCACUGUUGUGGCCUCUCCCAUUGCGGAGCACAGGCUCCAAACGCACAGGCUCAGCAGCCAUGGCUCACGGGCCUAGCCUCUCCGCGGCAUGUGGGAUCUUCCCGGACCGGGGCACGAACCUGUGUCCCCUGCAUCGGCAGGCAGACUCUCAACCACUGCGCUACCAGGGAAGCCCUGAAUGUUUUGGUAGGUGGAUAUUGUUCCUGGUUCUUCACUCUUUCCUUGUAUGAAAUUUUACAUCUGUGCCCUUUACCAUGUGAUGCUGCAGUGCCCCCCACUAGAGUAGUCAGAGUUUCUUUCCCUGUUGUGCUAAUACCGGGCUUGGCUGUGGGGUUUGCUCUGGCCAGUGGAAUGCUUAGCAAGUGUUGUAUGAGCAGAAGCUUUCAGCAUAUCUGUGUGGUUUGGCUUGGCCUCUUGCUAUUAGAACAACAUGCUCCAGCUGGAAGCUGGUCUGAGGAGACACAUAGAGCAAAUCUGUAUUAGUUUGCUAGGGCUGCUUUAACACAAUACCACAGAUAAGGUGACUUAAAGAACAGAAAUUUAUUUUCUCACAGUUUUGGAGCCUAGAAGUCCAAGAUCUAGGUGUCAGCAGGUUUGCGCUCUUCUGAGACUUUUCUCUUCGACUUGCAGGUGGCUGUCUUCUUGCUGUGUCCUCACAUGGUCUUUCCUCUGUGCCCAUGCAUCCCUGGCUCCUCUUUGUGCAUCCAGAUUUCCUCCUCUUCUAAGAACACCAGUCAGAUUGGAUUAGGGCCCACCCUAACAACCUCAUUUAAACUGAAUCACCUCUUUAAAGGCCCUAACUCCAAAUGCAGUCACAUUCUGAGGUACUGAGGGUUAGGACUUCAACAUGUGAAUUUGGUGGGGGAGAAACAAUUGAGCCCAUGACAGGUCUGAAGAUAAGUCCAGGCAAUCCCAGGAGGCCAGUACAGCCACAACUUUCCAGCAGACCCAUAAGCAGGAAAUAAAUGCCUGUUGUUGUAGGCCACUGAGUUCUGGUGUGGUGUUUGCCAUAUACGUUUAUGGCAGCAAUAGCUGACUAAAUAAGUGUAUCACUACAUUCACUACUUUUGUUCAUCGAGGGGAAAUUCACAUAACACAUAAUUAGCCAUUUUAAAUUGUACAAUUCAGUGAUAUUUCAUGUACUAUUCAUAAUGCUGUUUCUUUAAUUUCUUUCUUUUUUUUUUUUGGCCGCGUGGUGCGGCAUGCGAGAUCUUAGUUCCACAACCAGAGAUCGAACCUGUGCCCCCUGCAUUGGGAGCAUGGAUUCAUAACCACUGGACUUCCAGGGAAGUCCCAGUUUCUUUAAUUUCUAAUGCACAAUGUCAGAGAUACUUUAACUGGAGGAAAAGUAUGCAUAUUUCCUCAAUGGAAAAAUGUUUUUCUGAAAAAGAAAAGCUCAUUGUGGUAGUAUCUAAAAAUUAAAGCAUAUGUUACACUUGGGAAACAAAGACUGAAAAGGGAAGUAACUUGGUGCUAUCCAAAGUGUUUUUCUUUCCUCACAAUCACGUCUGUUCCAACCACAUGCCUACAAAAAUUGCCUACCCUUUAAUUAAUUCAUUCAUUCAUUCAGUAUUGCUGAAUGACUACCACAUACUGGCCCUACUCUUGUGUCUGUGGAUUCAAUGGUGAAGAAAAAAAAAAGACAAAAAAAUUCCCUGCCUUCAUGGAGCAUGUGAAUUCUAGUAGGGAAAUCAUAUUAAAUCGAUAAAUAUGUUAAAUAAAUACCACGUUAAAUAGUUUAAAAGUGCUAAGAAGCAAAAAUAACAGGGAAGAUUGAUACAAAAUGUUUAGUGGUUUUGAAAUUUUAUAUAGGAUGAUCAGGAAAGGCCUCAUUGAGAAAGUGACUUUUAAAUAAAGAUCUGAAAGAAGUAGGAGAGCUAGCUAUGUCAACACAUGAGGGAAGUGUGUGCUGGGCAGAGGAAAUAGCAAAUGCAAAGGUUUGAGGCAGAACUGUGGUUUCUCUGUUCUAGGUCUGUGAUACAGGAGCGGGAGAAGGAGGGAAAGUAGACCAGGAAAUGAAGUGAGAAGAGAUGAGCGAGGUAACGGGGUGUAUCCCCUAGAACUUUGUAGCUCAUCAUAAAGGCUAGGCUCUUUCUUGGAGCGAAAUGCAAGCCAUUAGAGAGUUUUGAGCAAAGGAGUGGGUGUGACCCGACUUGAACAGGAUCACUCUUGCUACUGCAGGGAGAAUGGAUCACAGGGUGGCAGGAGCAGACACAUUGAUACCACUGAGGAGGCUCUUGCAGAAAUCCAGGCAAGAGAUGAGGUGGUGUUGGACCAGGGUGAUAAGAGAAGGGGUGGUGAAAAGAGAUUGAAUUCUGGGUAUAUUUUUUAAGUACAGUCAGUAACCCUGUGUAACUCAAAGAAUGGAACUGACAUUCAUUGAGAUGAGGAAGACUGUAGGAUGAUCUGUUUUAGAAGAAAUAUGAGUAGCCCCGUUUUGACGGGUUAAGUGGAGAUGGCAAGCAGGCAAUUGGGCAUUUGGGUCUAGAGUUAGAGGCAAGGUCAAGGCUGGAAAUAUAAAUUUAAAAGUCAUCAUGUAGGGCUUCCCUGGUGGUGCAGUGGUUGAGAGUUCGCCUGCCGAUGCAGGGGACACGGGUUCGUGCUCCGGUCCGGGAAGAUCCCACAUGCCGCGGAGCGGCUGGGCCCGUGAGCCAUGGCCGCUGAGCCUGCGCGUCCAGAGCCUGUGCUCCGCAACGGGAGAGGCCACAACAGUGAGAGGCCCACGUACCACAAAAAAAAAAAGUAUAAAAGUCAUCAUGUAGAUGGAUUUAAACCCAAAAUAGUGAGUGAGAGCACCUUCAGAGUGAGUGCCGCUGGAAAAGAGAUGAGUCCACAGAUGGAGCCCUGGAGUACAUUAAUAUUUAGAGGGUGGGGAAGGGAGGAGGAGUCACCAAAAAAGAGAAGGAACUGCUAGAAAGGAAGGAGGAAAAGUAGUCCAGAACGAUGUUCUGAAAGCCUAAGAGAAGAAAGCUUUUCAAGGAUGAAAGAGUAAUUCAACAUUUUUAUGUUACGCAUAAUAUUUGCCCCAUUUGUUUCCCAACUAGUGAUGAUCCCUCCUCUUCAGCUAGAAAAAUGACGAUGUUCAGGAACUUAAAACUUCUUCUCUGGAAGAAUUUCAUUUUAAAGAAACCAAAGACUCUGGUAACAGUCCUUGAAAUCUUGAUGCCAUUACUAUUUUCUGCAAUUGUAAUGUGUCUUCAUUUUGGUAGUUUGCCAGGAAAUAGACCUCCUGUCAACUACUGUGCAAUUGAUAUCACUUCACUGCCAGAAUUCUUCAUUCAAUAUCCUCUGAAAAAUAGAUUUCAACUAGUUUAUAUCCCUUCCAAAAGUGAAACUUUGAAGAGUAUCACUGAAAGUGUGGAAAAAACCUUUGGUGUUGAGUUUGAAGGUUAGACAUAAAGAUGCGGGAAGGAUAGAGAGGACAUUUUUAUAAAGUAUAGUUUGAAGUUUUUUCCUGUGAGCUCUUACAAUACUGAUUCCAAAUCUGGGGUCUCCGAAUUCUGAACAGUCUGCAAAGGUGGUAGUUGGGGGAAACCAGUUCACAAGGUAUAGUUACUAUUUCACACAAUGCACAAGAGACUUGUAUAUUUAUGUCACAAGGCUUCAAGGCUAGUUAAAAUGUUAAGUAUUUGUUUUUAAUUUACUGUAGCGACACUGGUUCUCUCAUAUUAAUCCUGGUUUGCAGUCAUAAUAUGUCUCUGACUAAUAAAAGACAGGAAACAUUCAGAGUUUCCGAAUUAGCCUUUUAACUGGUCUCUUUCCUCGUCUUCUUGUCCCAUUCUCAUCCAGUCUCUACGUGGAGCCAAAAAGAUCUUUAAAAGAUCUGUGGGAUCUGGCCAGUCUCCCGAUUCAGCCCCUUCAGUGACUUCCGUUGCACUGGCAGUCAAC